CAAAAUGCAAUCAGCUAACAAUUCAUUUCUCUAUGGAAUGGUUCCCUAGUUUUCUCGAAGUACCAUAGUGUCAUGCGCUUAAAUACGCAACUAGAAAUGUAUAUCACUGAGAUCAAACGAGAAUUUGAAAUUUCCUUCAUCAGUCUCGGACAGCUGAGCUCACUCGAUGCUCGUAAAUUAUUCUACAUUAGAUAAAUUAGCAAUGAAAGUGUGACCUCAGUUCUAUUCCUCUGCCUGACACUCUCCGCGACAAGCUUACAUCCGAACUAUCAGUAGCUGAUAAUCGAAGAAUUGUUGAUAAAAAAUAUUCCAUCAGAACCAACCUCAGAUCCAUAUUAAACGCCUCGAAAAAUCCUUGGUCAACUUUUCAACUAAAGCCUAUUAGUUGUUAAUUGAAAAAACUCACUUCGGAUUCGCACUCUUCAUGUGAGACUAUCUUUCGUGAACGUUUACCUAAAACAUUAUUAAUUAAUAAUCAAUGAAUCAUUCUUUAUGAUACAUUUUCUCAAAAUAAACUCAAAUUCGAACUCCCCACCCCCAGUACUCUUUGGUCAAAUAUUACUGGAAAGAAAAUUUCCCGGCCUUUCGUAGAGUCAGGCGACUAAUCAAUGGAGUGCGGACACACAAGCAAGCAGACAGUUUAUGUUUGCAAAACUCUUUUCUGCGAGCAAGAGAAAAAUUGAUUCAAAACCUUGAAAGAGACAGGUCAAAAACAUACGGAAUACACGAUCCGAUGCUUCUUGAUUUCUUCUAGCAGGCGGUAAAAACUGCAACUAUUUGUCUUGUUUCUAUCUGAAAUUAUUCAAAAAAUAUUCACGUGCCUUUCUUUCGAUGUGGUCUUUAGUCUUAUCUUCACAUAUUAUAACGAACAGCUCUUAUGUAAAUUUUAUUAGUAUGAUAUUAAUUAUCAGAAUGAGUGAAUACUGUAGGAAUAAGGAACAUCAUUUUUAUUAUUACUGCAGACAGAGAGAAAGUCUAUCCAAGUUUUGUAUACGAUAUUAAGGUGCCAAUGCCGUAACUGUUAGACUGCUUUAAGUAGGAGAAAUCAAACGGUCAUCAGAUGAAUACAAAGCGGUGAUGGAAGGUGUCGAUAGAGUGAAAUCUAACGAAUUCGACUCUGAGGUGAAAACUAAAUGAUGGUGAAGGACUCAUUUUUUGAAACUAAAGUAUCCGAUCUAUCAAAUUUAUCCAUCGAGUCUUACCGCUUCCAUUUGUGUAGAUCAACCAGUGCAUACAGUAACAAGUCCAAUAUCUGAAUUAGGUGUUGAUACUCCACAUCUUGAAGAAUUACGUUGUCUACUUAAUUGUAUCAAUGAUUGGGAUUUGGAUAUUUUUCGUAUUGAAGAUUUAAGUUGUCAACAACCAUUAACAAUAAUAGCAUAUCGAAUAUUUCAAGAACGUUCACUUGUCAGAACAUAUGCUAUUGAACCUCAUACAUUGAUAUCUUAUUUAGUCGCACUUGAACAUCGUUAUCAACCAGUACCAUAUCAUAAUAGAACGCAUGCAGCUGACGUUUGCCAGUCGAUGCAUGUAUUGUUAAAUGCCCCGGCACUCGAUGUAA